AUGGAUCUGUUGCUUUUACAUUCUUGGCCAGCAAAGUUUGAAAAUCUUAAUAAUGACAAGAGUAGGCAUUGGGAGCCAUCUACUGUUUAUUUGUUUGAACCUAUUGGUGUGCUUUUCAAAUGUUCUAUACGUCUUCGCGAACUUGAUACGCAAUUCAUAGAUACAUCGUUCAUGAAAACUUCGAAAUUUUCGGAAACGGUUCCGCAGCCUGAGAGGAUAAAAAGCGAUGUGAUUUAUUGUCGUAUAUGCUUGGGGUCCAGUGACUUUGAGGAACUGAUAAGCCCUUGCUAUUGUGCAGGAACAAUUGGAAUUGUUCAUCAACAGUGUUUAGAGAAGUGGUUAAACUUGUCCCGAUCGAAAGCCUGUGAAAUUUGCGGUUUCACUUUUGAAGUUUUAAAACAUUAUCCUCACUUUUGUAAGUGGUUAUGGAUGGGAGGGAAAGGAGAUGGGAUACACCGUCGCAGAUAUUUAUGGACAGAUUUAAUUUGCCUGCUAAUAAUGAUACCUUUGCUCACAUUGUGCGCAUGGUUGGCUAUUUCUUCAAAUCAGGAUGAAAAAAAUGCUAAUUCAAGAAGGUUUCCAUGGCAGUCCUUUUUUCUUGGAUUAUUAUGCAGCCUUCUUCUCUUAGUAUUUAAUAUUUGGUUAAUGUUUUCUCUUCGAUAUCAUCAUCAAUCAUGGAAACUUUGGCGUAAAGAACAGACUUAUAUUGUCUUAUCAGAAACUGUUAAAAGAAAAAAGGUGAUGAACAUAAAAGGUGAUUCACAAAAUCCAAAUUUAAUUAUCCAGAAUAAUAAACAAGAACAAAAUCAACAAUUAAAGAGACUAGAUAUGCCUGAGUCAAAUGAAACAAGUAUGAAACCAAACAAGACCAUAGAUGAUUCUGAACUAGCAAUUAAUACAAUACGGCAACAAUGUUUGAACACUGAAAGCUAUUCUGGACCUAUAUGGAAUAUGAAGUCAGAAAUUUGUGAUGAAAUAACUAAUACUGGAGGGAAUGAUACACCAAUGAUACAUAACAGGUUAAAAACAUUAUCAGCUGAAGGGGUAACGAUCAAGGAAGAUAAUUAUACUGAACAUGUUGUGCAGACAGAACCAAUGUCAUUUAAAAGUUCUUUAUCUGUUUUUAUAGUACCAACAGAAUCCUGUGCAAACGAUACGCUAAAUGAAGCAACAAACUGA